UAUGUGUGUGUGUUCCCUCCCCCCCCCCAGGCAGUGAGAUUGACUGUGCUGACAAAUUUGGGAACACACCCCUGCACGUGGCUGCUCGCUAUGGACACGAGCUGCUCAUCAGCACCCUCAUGACCAAUGGCGCGGAUACCGCCAGGCGCGGUAUCCACGACAUGUUCCCUUUGCACUUAGCUGUUCUCUUUGGAUUCUCUGACUGUUGUCGUAAGCUUCUUUCCUCAGGUCAGCUGUACAGCAUUGUAUCUUCACUCAGCAACGAGCACGUGCUCUCAGCUGGGUUUGACAUCAACACGCCAGACAACCUUGGCCGUACCUGUCUUCAUGCUGCUGCUUCUGGAGGGAAUGUUGAAUGUCUUAAUUUGCUGUUGAGCAGUGGAGCUGACUUGAGGAGGAGAGACAAGUUUGGAAGGACCCCACUGCACUACGCAGCUGCCAAUGGCAGCUACCAGUGUGCUGUAACACUGGUGACCGCCGGGGCUGGUGUUAACGAGGCUGACUGUAAAGGCUGCUCUCCCCUUCAUUAUGCUGCCGCCUCUGACACCUAUAGGAGAGCGGAAUCCCACUCAUCUUCCAGCCACGAUGCUGAAGAGGACGAGCCACUGAAGGAGUCCCGCAGGAAAGAGGCUUUCUUCUGUCUGGAGUUCUUACUGGAUAACGGUGCAGACCCCUCCCUGCGGGACAGGCAGGGCUACACAGCUGUGCACUAUGCAGCCGCCUAUGGCAAUAGGCAGAACCUCGAACUGCUCUUAGAAAUGUCCUUUAACUGCCUGGAGGAUGUGGAGAGUACCAUUCCAGUCAGCCCUUUGCACUUAGCUGCCUACAACGGUCACUGUGAAGCCCUGAAGACACUCGCUGAGACGCUGGUGAAUCUGGAUGUAAGGGACCACAAGGGCCGGACUGCGCUCUUCCUGGCCACUGAGCGAGGCUCUACAGAGUGUGUGGAGGUGCUUACCGCUCACGGUGCCUCUGCCCUCAUCAAGGAGCGUAAGCGAAAGUGGACACCUCUGCACGCUGCUGCUGCCUCUGGCCACACUGAUUCCCUGCACUUGCUGAUUGAUAGUGGGGAGCGAGCUGACAUCACAGAUGUCAUGGACGCCUAUGGCCAAACCCCACUGAUGCUGGCCAUCAUGAAUGGCCAUGUGGACUGUGUACAUCUGCUGCUAGAAAAAGGAUCAACAGCCGAUGCUGCUGACCUCCGGGGCCGCACUGCCCUCCACCGUGGGGCAGUGACUGGCUGUGAGGACUGCCUGGCUGCCCUGCUGGACCAUGAUGCAUUUGUGCUGUGCCGAGACUUCAAGGGCCGCACACCCAUCCACCUGGCCUCAGCCUGUGGCCACACUGCAGUACUGAGGACCCUGCUACAGGCUGCCCUUUCCACAGAUCCCCUUGAUGCCGGGGUGGACUAUAGCGGAUACUCACCCAUGCACUGGGCCUCCUACACUGGACAUGAAGAUUGUCUGGAGUUGUUACUUGAACACAGCCCAUUUUCAUACCUAGAAGGAAACCCCUUCACUCCUUUGCACUGUGCAGUAAUUAAUAACCAGGACAGCACCACAGAGAUGCUGCUGGGAGCUCUGGGUGCCAAGAUUGUGAACAGCCGAGAUGCCAAAGGACGGACCCCUCUUCACGCCGCUGCCUUCGCGGACAAUGUCUCUGGGCUCCGGAUGUUGCUGCAGCACCAAGCGGAAGUGAACGCAAUUGACCACACUGGCCGCACCGCGCUGAUGACGGCGGCUGAGAAUGGGCAGACUGCUGCUGUGGAAUUUCUGCUCUAUCGUGGGAAGGCAGACCUUACUGUGCUGGAUGAAAACAAGAACACUGCCCUCCACUUGGCUUGUAGUAAGGGCCAUGAGAAAUGUGCCCUCAUGAUCCUGGCAGAAACCCAAGACCUUGGCCUUAUCAAUGCUACCAACAGUGCGCUACAGAUGCCACUCCACAUUGCAGCCCGGAAUGGUCUAGCUUCUGUGGUGCAGGCCCUGCUGAGUCGUGGGGCCACAGUGCUGGCUGUGGAUGAAGAAGGUCACACCCCAGCACUGGCCUGCGCCCCCAACAAAGAUGUGGCAGACUGCCUGGCCUUGAUCCUUUCCACCAUGAAGCCUUUCCCACCCAAGGAUGCCGUCAGUCCUUUCAGCUUCAGCCUGCUCAAAAACUGCGGCAUCGCAGCAGCCAAGACGGUGGGUGGCUGUGGCGCCCUGCCCCACGGGGCCUCCUGCCCCUACAGCCAGGAGCGGCACGGCGCCAUUGGGUUAGAUGGCUGCUACUCGGAGUAGCUCCCUCCAGUGUCCCUCUCCCUAGCCGGUGGCUUGAUAUCUUAUUCUAUUUAUUUAGAAAAAGUCUAUACAUUUAGGGCACUUUAAAGGAGAACACGACUGGGUGGGAGGGGUGAAGGGGUGGAGGGUAACAGAAGCACUGGGGAGCAGCUGCCCACCCCUUUGCCACACUAUCCUGGCCUGGCAGGGGUCUGGGACUGACAGGGAGCACCCCAGGCCCUUGAUACCCCCCCAGGGCAACCCCUCCUGCCAAGUGUCCCAAAAUGAUUGCUACAUGCCUGGCUCCCUCUCUCUUUUACCCCAUCUCUCAGCUCCCCCUUUCUGCUGCCAGCUCCCCCAACUCUUCCUCUGACCUCCUCUCUGGCCCCCUGUCCUCAGCUGCCAGGCAGUUCCCGCCUCUUCUCCCAUACCCAUCACUGCCUCCCUGCUCGGCCCACCCCUCCAACCUCCCCGCAGCAGUGAGAAGCCUUAAUUUCUGGUACUGUGUGAGCACUCUGGGGGCGCCCCCCUCCCCCUUCAGGGGCAGCUAGUGGACGAGGGGGAGGGUAUUUAGCACUGGGGCCUGGAGCUUCCCCCCCCCCCAACUUCUGUCCCCCAUCACCCUCAAGUUCAAAUGCAAAACACUUGAAGCAGCAACUACUGUACCUGGGCCCCAAUCCUGCACUCCCCCUGGCUCCUCAUAUGCAAAUCAAGGGCUGGUUCUGCCCCCACAGCCUGCCUAUCUGUCCCUCCUGCUCCUGGCCUGACCCCUAACCACGCACUUUAACCUUGCUUCUUUUAACUUCUUUUGGGAGGGCAGAGCCUGUGGUCAUUCCCUCCCUGGCUCUCUUCUCCCUUAACUUUGAGGCUAGUCAUGAAUUUUUAAGUAAGCAUUUUAUUGUUUAGGGGAAGAAUCAAAUUAAUUUCCUGCCCAUUUCAAACCACAGCACUAGUAUGUCCUAUGUGUUUCAGGCAUGUGUUUGCAUGUAUGUGGAGGGAGGGACUGCACUCUCCCCCUGCACCCUUCCCAACCCCAUAAUUUAUCUGUGCCCCCGUCUGCCUUCACCUUCUGUUAAGUCCAAGAGUACCCACCGCCCCCAGUCGCUCCUGAUCUGAAGCCAAAGAUGGUGGGAGGGGCAGGACAGACCGGGGACCGUGACUACUCGGGGACCCACGCUUCCCCACCAAAGUGAGGAUGAAGCUUUGAUUUAGGGAGUGACGAAUCCAUACUGAGGCUUCGUCCCUGCCUUCCUUCUGAGCAGUGGGAAGAGAUGGGAUUGAGCUGGGGCUGCACUGAAAAGAACCCUCAAAGUCACACCCUGAAAGCCAAACUGGGCCCGAGUGAGGAGGGGGCAGUUUUUCUCUCUAAAUGUAGCAUUGAAUUUGGCCCUGGUCCCUUCAGACACCCUGUCCACCCAUCUCCUAGCUCAGCCUCCUGGACAGUCGGCCCCGUACCCUUAGCCCAGUGUUCCCUUCCUCACACUCGAUACCUCAGCCAGGGGCCAAGACACAGAACUUGAAUAGAGGUCAUGCCCCCUCCACCCCCAUAGUGCAUCCUUGCCCAGUUUGGCUGUUGUCAGUAUUGUCCCCUGAGAACUGGACAGGCUUCGUUUACACAGUACAGGGCCCCCCAACCAGGUGAGCCCUCAGUCUUCUUCCCCCACCCACACUUGCUUUAGCCAUGAUCUUACCACCUUUCAGUUGUAUCUCCUGCGGGUCUUGCUACCCUUGCUGAGGGGAGAAGGAGCCUCCUAGGGAGCCCUCCCUCCUCAGAGGAUACCCAUAACCAUACCUCAUGCUGGUUCCCUGAAGCUUGGGCUUUUCGUCCAAGCCCUUUGUCAAAGUCCCUGUUGACACCCCUCUCCUGUAUCUUGCUCCUUUGACCCCUCAGUUCCUAAACCAUUUCAAAGCUUCCAAGUGACCAUUAUUGGUGAGAAGGAUUGUGCAGCUUUUAGUUUUUUUUUUUUUUUUUUCAAAGCCAAAGGGCCUUGCAACGCCCCUCUUGUCCACCUGCCCUCCCCUCUACGACAAUCAAUGUGACCUCUCUUAAGGGCUGCAGCCCCCACCCCAAUCCUGCUGGUUCUGCAUAGCUUGCCCCCUUCCCUCCCCCACCCCCCACUUCUAUUCUCUUUCCUAAAACCUUCCCAUUUGACUCCCUUUCAUUUUGGUGCUGGGGAUUAGGUGGUGGGGGCCAGGGGGAGCAGGGAGAUGGGUCCUCCAGAGGAUACUCUUGGGGUGUCAGUCGUGUUCUCCUUUAUCAAUGUCUGGCAAUGACAGGAAGAAUCUGAGUGUGUCAGGAACCCCGUCACUUUGCUAGAUGAGGUUUCUGGGGCCACCUGCUGCGUCGGCAGUGCUAGGGCAGGUUGUGGGUGGGCCUCUGCCCCUCCUCAUGUGGCUGUGAGGAGGCCUCCUCUCCUUAUGCCAAAGGAAACCCCACACCCCACCCCAGCUCCCCCCAGCCCCUGAUGUUUUUUGAAGCAUUUUGACCAUUCUCAUGGCCACUGCAUAUUUAUUUUUAAUGUUAAAACAUUUUUUUUGUAACCUCUUUGACUUAAACGGGUGUGGAGAAUAAACAGGCAGAAUCCCCUCCCCCUCCAAUCUUUAGGGGGGUCUGGUGGGGGAGGGGAGCAGCUCCUUCCCUUCACCUGCCCUUGUCCCCUCCCCCCUCUCCCCACUGCAGCUCUAAAGCACUUGCUUCAAGUAAUAAGCACUUUUGAGAAAAAGGCCUAUUUUAAGUGAGGACCCUGGGAGCAGCCCUGGGUCCCAGCAAAGGAGACAGAGCGAGGGCUACAUAGGAGACGGAACCAGCCGUGUGACUAGGAGGGCAAGAUGAAAAGAGCCAGUUUUUUGUUUCUGAUUUUUGGGGAGAUGUUUCUGUGUGGACAGUGGCUUUAGUGGGGUUGUGUACUGUCCUUCAGAAAAACAAAUGGCACAAACCGUGGGUCCCAGGCUGGACCAAUACACCCGGGUCACUGCCACUGUCCAACUGAGACUGAUGGGCCGCCCCAAGGCCCCCUGAGCCAUAGGACUGCUGAAAACCACUGAAUGUACAGCCCAGGUUGGGGUGGGGAGCAGCCCCUGGGGGAGGGGCUUCUCCUUGUGUUUGGUGCUGUGGGGGGGUGGGAGAAAUGAGACUGAGGGACUUGCACCCCACUUAGACAUGUGUUCCUGGGGGUGGGAGUGGGGGGCUGAGGAGGGCUGACCUCCUUCUCCAACCCCAGUCAUGGCCCCUCUUCCUUCCUCAUCCCUAUCUGUUUUGACUGUAAGUCCAGCUCACCUUUGCCUUCAAUAUGUAACCAAAGGAAAACUCAA